AUGGCCGCAAUGUUCAGCCAAAACCCGCUCAUGAACGGGCCCAACUAUUCCUUCUCAGAUGCCCCCAAGACGGCUCAUGGAGAGCCUCGAGAGCACCGCUUCAAUCCCUACUCCGACAAUGGCGGCUCUACCCUUGCCAUCUCCGGCGCCGACUUUACCAUCAUGGCCGGCGAUACCCGUCACACCAGCGGCUACAGCAUCAACUCCCGGAUGGCCCCCAAGGUCUUCAAGAUUGGCGGCACCACUGCUACCCAAGAAGAUGCUACCAUAGUUCUGUCAGUCUGUGGAUUCGCCGCCGAUGGCGAGGCUCUGCGUGAUCGCCUGGACACCGUCUGCAAGAUUUACCGCUACCGACAUGGCAAGCCAAUGACGCUCAACGCAUGUGCCAAGCGCCUGUCUACCAUUCUCUACCAGAAGCGAUUCUUCCCAUACUACACACAUGCCAUGCUUGGCGGCCUUGACGAGGAGGGCAAGGGUGCGGUAUACUCCUACGACCCGGUUGGAAGCUACGAGAGAGAACAAUGCCGAGCUGGAGGUGCUGCGGGCAGCUUGAUCAUGCCGUUCCUGGACAACCAGGUCAACUUCAAGAACCAGUACAUCCCCGGAAGUGGAGAGGGCCAUGCCUUGAAGGAGAGGGAGCGCCACCCCUUGACACGGCCACAGGUUGAGACUCUUGUCAAGGACGCCUUUGACGGUGCUGUGGAGCGUCACAUUGAGGUUGGUGACUCUCUGCAGAUGCUGAUUAUCACAAAGGAGGGAAUUGAAGAGGUUUUCCUGCCUCUAAAGAAGGACUAG